AUGCCUGUACCCGCAAGUGCGAUGCCCGCUGGUGCCCAUGGCCCUUCUACCUUCGACAAGCUCAAGAUGGGCGCCAUGAUGGGCGGCAGUGUCGGCCUCAUCAUCGGUUUCAUCUUUGGCGCAACCAACAUCAUCAGAUUCGGCCCUGGUCCCAAUGGAAUGCUCAGAACCUUGGGCCAGUACAUGGCCGGCUCGGCCGCCACCUUUGGGUACACAUCUUGA